AUGGACGUCGAAAAGCAUUCUCUCGAGAAAGACCUGGCCUUCGAGCACAUUGAAGCAACGAAUGAGUCUCGCAACCCAGUACCGGAGAUCCUACGCGGUCACACACCUGAUCAACUCAAAGCUCUCGAAAAGAAACUCGUGCGGAAAAUCGAUUUUCGAGCCCUGCCUAUUCUAAUCGUGCUCUUCUUGCUCAACGUGCUCGAUCGAAAUGCCAUUGCUAAUGCACGCCUCGGGGGUCUGGAGGCGACACUGGGCAUCGACGAUGUGCAGUAUCAAACCGCUGUGAUGGUAUUGUGGGCUGGUUACAUCUCCAUGAUGAUACCAUCGAACAUGCUUCUCUCCAUCUUCAGGCCCAGGCUGUAUCUGCCAACAGUGGUCAUCAUUUGGGGUGUCGUGUCUGGUGCCACUGGCUUUGUGCAAAACCACGCUGGACUGGUUGCGCUCAGGUUCCUGGUUGGUGUAACGGAAGCGCCCUACUUUCCUGGGUGCAUCUUCUUCCUCUCAUGCUGGUAUACACGAAAAGAGCUACCAAGCCGCAUUGCUACUUUUUACUCCGGAUAUACCCUCUCUUCUGCCUUUGGUGGGUUGAUCGCAGCAGGUAUUGUCGAUGGCAUGGAAGGACUUGGUGGCUAUCCAAGUUGGCGCUGGAUUUUCAUCUUAGAAGGAGCCCUAACGAUUAUCAUGGCCUUUGCUGGGUAUGCUCUUCUGCCGAACUAUCCUUCGAACACGCCUUUCUUGUCACCAGAAGAGACAGCGAUGGCACAAUGGCGACUCAAUCGCGAAAACGAUGGUGUUGCAGAUGAAGUGAACGAUUCCGUGUUCGUUGGGCUCAAGCAGGCGUUCUCCGACCCGAAAGUGCCGCUCCUUGUCUUCAUCCAGACAUGCGCCGUUGUAUCUAUGAGCUUCACCUACUUCUUCCCCUCUAUCGUGCAGACACUCGGCUUUCCCCGCGUGGAGACACUUCUGCUCACUGCACCUCCCUACUUCCUUGCAUUCAUUUUCUCCGUCCUGAACUCGUGGCACUCCGGGCGUUCAGGCGAGCAUUGCUUCCAUAUCGUGGCCGCAUGCGUUAUAUCCGCGGUUGGUCAGAUCAUCUCCAUGUCAACAUAUCAGACCGGGCCUCGCUACUUUGCCAUGUUUCUGCAGGCUAUGGGGUCUUUCUCCGCCUUCCAACUGAUUCUGCCAUGGGUCUCGGCAACAGUCGCACGGCCAAAGGCGAAGAGAGCGGUCACACUUGCACUGGCAACUGCUGUGUCGAAUGCGACAAACAUCGCUACCGCUUAUCUGUACCCUGCAUGGAGCGCACCUCUCUAUCGCAUGGGCUGUAUCGUGUUGACAGUGGCACUCCUUUGCUGCGCAACCGCGUCAUUGGUGUUGCGUUUCUGGCUGCAGAAGCUGAAUCGGAAGUCGGAUCAGGUUAUGGGCCUGGAGGGCGUUGCCAAUGGGCCCGGUCUCCUUUUCCGCUACACUCUAAAAGGCCUCCGUAGAGGAGAGGUGUCGCCAGCCGAGACUGAGAUAAAUAACGUAAUUGAUGACUGCAAGAGAGUCAAGGAACAGGCGACGGAGUUGCGCAGGGGAAAAGUACCAGAGGAUCCAUGGACGUCUCUUCUGAAAACAGAGUUCUUCAAGACCUACAGAGAGGUCCAUCCCACCAAGGAUAGGCACAGGGAACUGUAUCACCGGUGGGAGCUCCACCAGAAUCAUCUUUGGAACGAUUGCCCAACGAAGGGAGCCUCGACGAGCCCGGUACGAACUGAGCCAAAACCGGAUUUUGCUUAUUUAUUCCCAAUCAUUGAUCCCGCCUGCAAGGUGGCGAGGAGACUUCACUUCGACUCCAGAGUCAACAAUUUCACGCUUCCCGUUCUCAGCGAGCUGCGGAAGACACGAAGGGUGAUCUCGUCGCCAACCACAGCCUUACUGAAAUGUGAUCCAACAAAUCUGGACAAUAUGGGUUCUUCAGAUCUGGUGUGCUUUCCUUGGGCUAUUGUCGAGGUCAAACAUGGCACGGGAAGAGGCGACAAGACAGAAUUCUGUUAUUGUCAAGCUGCAAAUGGAUCGGCUGAAGCGCUCAUCAUGCGAGAGAGAUUGGCCGCGAAAGUAGACUCUCCAAAUACCAACGCCCUGGUCAUCUUCUCGUUUACCUGCGUGGGUCCUAGUGUUCGUCUUUGGCUCACGUUCAGACACCAACAGAGUAGGCAAAUUCAAAUGCGCUGCAUUUGGGCGACUUCCCUCGAGCUUACCUGGGGAGUUUUUGCACUUCGUAUGGUAAUCGACAAUGUGCGCAAUUGGGCGUUCAAUGAAGUGAAACCUGAGAUAUGCAAAUGGAUAUCUCAUGUUCGCUCGCAUCCAAUGUCUCAGACCUUCCUUGAUCUAGAUGGCAACCAAGUCGAACGACGGAGGAGGGCCAAGUCUCUUGAGCCGGACGACGAGAGAGCUCCAGUUCGAGCUUCCCUGCCGGAGAGACCUGCAUCCCAUUCUAAGCUUACCUCGGCAUAUGUCAGAGAAAACACUGUAUCAAGACACGAGCGCUCACCCAGUCCUCUGGCUCGUCGAUCGGCCCCACCAAUGAGUCCCUCCGAUGACGAUGAUGAGGAAGAAGAAGAAGAGGACGAGGAGGAUGAGAUUUUGGUGCUUGAGGCAUACGACUCAGGUGAUGAUGAAGAUUAUGUCCUAAGUGAUAAUGCAUCAGGCGACGACGAUGGAUAUACAACUGUGGAAGAAGAAUCAUAUGACACCAGCGGAGAUGAGGACGAACCCGAUGAAGGAUAUUUGAAGGAUACCGCAUACAAGGCCCUGAACGAAGCUGAAUUCUUGUUGAAGCUGCGAGGCCGUAAGAGUAUCUGCUGUUAA